AUGAUGCCAGUCCCAUUGUCAGAAGACAACCCUUUCCAGUCCUUAAUUGCGGAGGCAAACAAUGAUUCGGGGGUAUUACAAUCUCGAUACGAGAACCACCGAGUGGCUCGCAAUGGCCAGCAAAGUGCAAAGAUCCUAGCUGACAGCUUUCCUGGCUGGUCCCUUGACGAGGUUUUGAAGCGACUUGAUGGCCCUGGAAAGGAAGACGGAUUUGUUGAUCCUCGAAACUGUCUUGUCAUUUGGGCCAGACCAUCGCCUCAAGUUCGCGACUUGAUAUGCUUUAUUCAAAACGAGUUGAAGAGCAUUUCCCCUUCUCUCUGGCUCAUGCCACCUGAAAACCUUCACACAACUAUCUUGGAAGCCGCUCAUUCUCUGACGGAAGAGCAAAUCGAAGAACUUGUCCAGACCCUCCUGUCAUCCAAGGACGUGACGUCUGCAGAUAUUGCAGCGUAUCCACGCAGCCACCCUACACGUCUCAUCAAGCCUAUGGUAAGCUUUGAUUCUGCCGCACUGGCGCUCAGCUUUGUUCCGGCUGUUGGUGAGUGCCUAGAAGCGGAAUCUAGCGAUACCGAGCACUACACAUACCAUCAUCUUCGCCGAGAUGUCUUUGACAUGGUCCGACAAACCAAGGUCCCUGUUGCUUCGCGUUAUAGUGUUCCCUCGGCACAUCUCACUAUCGCAAGGUUCAUCUCCCAGGACGGGUUUCUGAUCAGGGGAUCAGAUGGCGCGGAGACGGUCGAUCAUGCGCGUGUCAAGAUGUUGGUUGAUAAAAUUGGUGAGAUCAACCAAAAGUUGGAAAAUGAGUAUUGGCCCGAAGAGGGUACUAUCAGGGAGGGGGGUGAAUGGAUUGUUGGCCAAGAGGGCCUAGUCAUUCGGAGAGGCCGUGUCUGGUAUGGGGGCGGCGAGUAUGUGCCGCUUGACUAG